AGUACGGUUCUCGUUCUUUCUAUUUCAUUGUUGGGUUAAAUGAUUCUUGUGUUUUUGAGGUUUUGUAUUCCUUAAUGGUGUUAUUUGUAUUCGCCCCAGAGCUGGUUAUCUUCUUCUAACCCUUCCAAAUCAUGGCUUCGACAAAAGCACAAUCUCUCUCUAAACCCCACUAUUUCAUUUCUUUUGUCAUUCCUCCCUCUCUUCAUUCUUAUGUUGAACAAUUCUCCACAAAACCCCUUUCUCUCUCUUCAUCUCCUUCUUCUCUCACUGAGGCUGCCAUGACCUUAACUUCUUCCUCUCCUUCUUUCAUGGUUAAUCUGCUUAUAGACUCUUUUGGGCUCUCAAAGCAAUCCGCCAUUGCCACAUCUUCACAGUUUCUCCACCUCAAAACAGAUGAGAAACCCCUGUCUGUUCUAACCUUCCUAAAAAACAAUGGUUUCGAAGCAACCCACAUCCAUGACAUUAUCAGCAAGCGCCCUCGUUUCCUUGUAGCUGAUGCUGAGAAAAACCUAAAACCCAAAUUGAAAUUGCUCGAAGAUUUGGGUCUUUCUAAAUUUGAACUUGGGGCCUUCAUCUCUGCAAAUCCAUCUAUUCUUACUUAUAGCUUAAACAAAACGCUUCUCCCUAGAAUUCUUUUCCUCAAAAGCUAUUUGGGAACCGAUGAAAAUGUCUUAAGGUUUGUCAAAUGUUGUAGUUUGCUAUUGGUGUCUAAUAGAUUGCUGCCCAAUAUAAGGCACUUGGAGAGCCAUGGAAUUGGGGGCUUGAAGUUGAAAUCACUCCUAUUGCAAAGGCCGUAUAUGUUCAAUCAGAAGCUCAGGAGGCUUAAAGAAAUCACAGAAAAAGUUAAGGAAUUGGGUAUUGAAUCUCACUCUAAAAUGUACUCUCAUGCUGUUGGAUUCAUGAGUGCAAUGAGCAAGGAGACAUGGCAGAGGAAAUUUGUGUUCUUGAAGAGUUUUGGAUGGUCAGAAGAAGAUAUUUGCACUGCUUUCCAAAAGAGGCCUGCAAUCUUUUCUUUAUCAGAAGAGAAGUUGCAAAAGAGUAUGGAUUAUUUUGUUGAUGAGCUUAAAUAUGAUGAGAAAUAUCUGUGUUUUCAUCCGCAUAUUUUCAUUUACAGUUUAGAGAGAAGGUUGAUCCCAAGGAUUAAUCUAUUGAAAGUGUUGAGGUCAAGGGAAUUGCUGAAAAAGGAUGCCAAUUUAUCGUCAGUUAGUGUGUUAUCGGAGAAGGUAUUCUUGGAGAAGUAUGUGCUAAGUUUCAGAGAAGAGGCAGAAAGUUUACUAAAAUUUUAUAAGGGAAACAAGGAAAACCCAAGAAUUGGUGCUGAGUCUGCGGAUCUAAAAAAAGGCUUCGUAACCAUUAAAAUCUGAACACCAUGGCUCUUAUUUUGUUUAUUACUGAAAAAGAAGAAUUUGUAUGUCAAAUUUCACUCUUUGGCAUCUUUCUAUUUUUUCUUUGCUGCUGCAUUGCAGAAUAUGGGUUAGUAGAUUAUAAAAGGCUGCUAACCUCUACACAGAUGCAAAUUAGCAGGCUAUAAUUUUGGUUUUUUUCUGACCAUAUUACGGUUUUGUCUAGGAUUUUGUAUGUGUUUGUUUGUGCAGAAAGUCCACCCAUUUGUUUCGAUUUUCAAACUUUGGAGUGAAAAUGCACUCCACCCUUCCCAAGUUAUGACUUUCUGCCUUUGGCACAAAACAUUGGUCACCCCUUUAGGGAUGGAAGUAUACCCUUGCGAGGGAAGUUGAAAACCCAUUUCAGGGCAAAGGGGCUGCACUUUCUCUCUUAUUUUGCAGCGAAGAUUGCCCCUAGUGCGGAAAGUCAGCCCCCCAAGAGGCCUCAUUUAUGUCUGCUCUCUCUCUCUCUCAUUUUGAAUGGAUGAUUUCCCCCAAAAUGAGAGCUGUUGGUUAAGAAGAUUUUGUUGCUUCUUUUUAUGCGAAUACUCUCUCUCUCUCUCACAUUUUGAAUGCAUGAUUUCCCCCAAAAUGAGAGCUGUUGGUUAAUAAGAUUUUGUUGCUUCUUUUUAUGCGAAUACUCUCUCUCUCUCAACUCCAAACUCGGAUUCUCAACCAAAUCCAACCACCUACUCCUCGUUACCCCUCAUUGUGCUCUUCUCUUUGAAAGUUUCUUCGUUCUCGCUCUCUACUUCUUGGUUUUAGAAACUGGGUUGGGUUGGUUACAUAAGAAACUAUGGAAUCUAUUGAUGGAGGCAUCAGUUGUUAAGAUAAUAAUUCAACAGGUAGCGGCUACUUUUGUUUUAUUGCAUGUGAUCUAAAUUAGCUGCUAAAAUCUCAUUCAUGGGGUGGAUUUCUUUUUCUUCAAAAUUUUCAUGUCCUCUUAAAAUGCCUCUUUAAUUGGGAAGCUGCCAUUUCAUUAUUCCUUGGACCUUUUUUGAUGAUUCUUGCUUGGGUUGAUUACCUGAGAAAUUUUUUGAAUUUAAGGAUUGAGGCAUCGAUUGUGGAGAGAAUAAUUCAAGAAAUGAUUCUCUCAAAAAAAAAAAUUUCAAGAAAUGCAUCGAUAUUUGUCAUGGAUUCUGCAAUUCAAGAAUUCAGUUGGUUCUAAAAAUUUUGUUUGCUUUUAAAAAUAGGGUUGGCUUGGAACUCUCUCUGCAUAUGACUUUUCAUGUACUCUCCGGAUGCUUGUUUAAUGGAAAGUUGACAUUUCUUGUGUUCCUCUGCUUCCUUGGAGCAUUUGGAAGAUAAUGCUUGGGGCUUUAUCAAAGCAAUGUUUGGGAAUCAUUUCUGGAAACUCCUAGCCAUUACUUUUCCAUUAGGACAUACUCAAUCAUCACUAUGAACUGUGCAGAUAGUUUAAACUGGCUGCCAUCACAAAAUUCCAGGCAUCUUAAUGAAGAUUAAGAAUAUUUUGUCUUGGUUAUUUUACCUCUGAGAUCUGCUUUUUGUGGAAGUUAUGCACUGAAAUAUUGGAUCUCGUAUUCGAAACUCUACUACAGUGGAAACUUGCAUCAUUCAGAUCCGUCAAUGACAGCGGAGGUGAUGAUUGAUGAAACUAAUCUGGUUGAAGGGUGCCUGUUGUUACAACUAAUAUUGGGGGCAUCAUUUGGCUACUAGUCAGUUUUCACAUUUGUAGAGAAGCUACCUACUUCCUGAGAUAUAUUACGCUUGGAUGACCCCUAGAUCCACUCCUCAUCUGUUUCAAACCUUUAUCCACUCACCUUGGUUGAAGGGGGGGAAGCUACUGUGGAAAGCAUCCGUCUCUGCCACCCUUUGGUUCCUUCGGACUGAAAGGAACCAGAGAAUCUUCAGGGGAAGGAGGUCCUCAGCAAGGCUUUUGGCAGAUAAGGUCAGGAACCUUGUGGCCUUCUAGGCCACCAUUAAUCCUUUGUUCAAGGAUGUGCCCUCCUCUUCGCCACCAUUAAUCCUUUGUUCAAGGAUGUGCCCUCCUCUUCUCUUGGGUCACCUGACCUUUUGUAAUUUUGGCCUUUUAAUACAGUUAAAUUUUCUCAAAAAAAAAAAAAACUUAGUUGUACAUGAAAAAUACUAGGUGGGAGGUCACCAAACGUUGGACCAACACACUAGUAUGUAUGCUUGUGGGGGGUCACCAAAUCUUAGCUCUCCUUGGGCUUCAGCUGAUGCCAUAGCAUUAUCAAAGCCACCCUCCACUAAUGACCUGAAUAUUUGCCUUCUCAGUGAUGUGUUCCCAGAAACAAUGCAAGGCUUUACCCCCAAAUGAAAUCCACUUUCUUUGUAGCCAUAAGAAGUCCAAAAUCCUUGAAACUCUAUAGCAGCCUGCAAACUUGGCGUUUAAUUUGGUGGUUUUGAUCUAUAAGGUGAGAAAUGAAGAUGGGAUAGCCUAGAGGGAAUAUAUUUUGCAGGUGAUCAGGAACCCAUCAAAAAUUGAGAAAAUGGGACGUUGUAUAUUUUGGAAAAAAGCCUUUUGGAGAAGGAAGCUUACUGAAUAAUGGAGGGAAAAGUUCAGCAUAAUUGGAUUCAUGCUCGAGGAUGUGACUGCUAAGUUCUUGGAGCUUGAAAUGAAGAAAGUGGAAUUAAAAAUGGGAAGGAAGCUCAUCCAUACUCAAGUACUUUGUCGUGCCAAAGCAUGAGGAUGUUAUAGAUGUAGAGAAGAAGGUUUCUUAUUCUUCACCAUUUUAGACCCCUCAAAACUCUGAAGUGAAGAUUAUAUAGAUUGAGAAUGUGGAUAUUUGUUAUUCGCCCAUCUUUCAAAGUGGACGUAAAUUUUGACAUAGACCCCGUGAUUAUGCAAUGGCCACCUUUGUUAUGAUGUGACGUGUGAUAGUUUGUGCUAUAAUAUCAUGGCUGCUUAACAUUAUCAGGCUUGACUUGAUUGAUGCUGAUAAGGUCCAAAGCAAGGCUUGUAAUGUGCGUUUGAACACCCAAGAGGCAGCAAUGUGGGCAUUGAAUCCAGGAAAAAGAUGGGUGAUGCUUAUUAGGUGGCAAUGGAGGUGGAGGAGAACGAAGCCCAUGGGUUCUAUUCAAAUUUGACGAAAUUGGUGGGUUCCGGUCCACGGGUCGAGUUUUGAGAGUCUGGUUUGAGCUUGAAUGAGAAGAAUGAAUCGGCGGUGAAACAGGGGAUGAUAUUUAACAUUUCGAUUGUGUUUAAAGCCCUAAAAGGUUUGGAGUCACUCCCUCUUGUCCUUGCGAUUGGAAUUCUGAGGGAGAAUGUACCUGAGCUGAUGAAUAUCAUUCUUGACAAUUGUGAGAAUUUCGCCGACAUUGUAAUUGUGAGCUUGAAUGAGAAGCCCAUGCAUUCUUGAUAAUAUGGGGUUUAUUGAUUAGUUUUGUUAAGUUCUUUGUGACUUGCAC